AUGACAGGUUGCUUCAGUUUCUCUGAAGCAAUAGAAAGGACUUACAAAUCCGGGUUCAAAAGAUCCGGUUUACGAUCCGUAACCAUCGAUUUGAAAGAUGGAACUGUGGUCCACUUUUGGGUAUCCAAGACCCGACCCGAGUCCAAACCCAAUCUCCUCCUCAUCCACGGCCUAGGAGCUUCUGCCAUCUGGCAAUGGUACGACGUAGCUCGACGUCUUGCUCCUCAUUUCAACCUCUUCGUCCCGGACCUGGUUUUCUUUGGCGGAUCCUCUACGACCCGACCCGAAAGAUCCGACAUUUUCCAGGCCCAGACGCUCAUGCGGGCCUUAGAGGCCCAGUCAGUCAAAAGAUUCAGUCUCGUCGGUCUUAGCUACGGCGGGUUUGUGGGUUAUCGGAUGGCGUCGAUGUUCGGAGACGCCGUGGAGAGAGUGGUGAUAUGUUGCGCCGCCGUGUGCGUGGAGGAGAAAGAUAUGAAAGCCGGCGUUUUCAAGGUGUCGGAUCUUGAUGAAGCUGCGAAGAUUCUUGUGCCGGAAUCUGUGGAGAAGCUCCGGGAACUUAUGGGUUACAUUUUCUACAGGCCGGCGCUGGCGAGAAUGGUGCCUCCUUGUCUUCUCCAUGAUUUCAUCGAUCAUGCCUUGAGCAGAGAAAAUGUGGAAGAGAAGAGGGAGUUGAUCAAAGCCAUACCAAAAGACAGAAUCAUCGCAGAGAUUCCAAAGCUCACACAGCAAACUUUGAUAAUAUGGGGAGAGCACGAUCAAGUGUUUCCACUGGAGAUGGGGAAGAGACUUGAGAAGCAUAUAGGAGAUAAUGGGAGGCUUGUUGUCAUCAAGAGAACCGGUCAUAUCUUUAACUUCGAGAGACCUAAAACUUAUUACAAACUUCUCAAAUCUUUUCUCUUGCAGACCAAACCACAGAUAACUGACACUAACGGAAGUGUUUGA